AUGGGGAAAGGCGGAGGCACAUUUGAGAGACUUUUGGAUAAGGCCACCAGUCAGCUGCUCCUUGAGACGGACUGGGAAUCCAUCCUGCAAAUCUGUGAUCUCAUCCGACAAGGAGACACCCAGGCUAAAUAUGCAAUUGGUGCUAUAAAGAAGAAGCUGAAUGACAAAAAUCCACAUGUUGCCCUCUAUGCACUUGAGGUACUUGAGUCUGUGGUUAAGAACUGUGGGCAGACAGUACAUGAUGAGGUGGCGAGUAAACAAACCAUGGAAGAGCUGAAGGAGUUAAUCAAGACGCAGACAGAACCAAAUGUCCGAAACAAAAUCCUUUACUUGAUCCAAGCCUGGGCCCAAGCGUUCCGCAACGAGCCCAAGUACAAAGUGGUACAAGACACCUAUCAGAUCAUGAAAGUGGAAGGUCACGUGUUCCCCGAGUUCAAGGAGAGUGAUGCUAUGUUUGCAGCAGAACGAGCCCCAGACUGGGUUGAUGCUGAGGAAUGCCACCGGUGCAGAGUCCAGUUUGGAGUGAUGACUAGAAAGCACCAUUGUCGAGCCUGCGGGCAAAUCUUCUGCGGCAAGUGUUCGUCCAAGUACUCCACCAUUCCUAAAUUUGGGAUAGAGAAAGAGGUCCGCGUUUGCGAGCCCUGCUUUGAGCUGUUGAACAAGAAAGCCGAGGGAAAACCAACGUCCACUAGUGCUGCAGAGCUGCCACCGGAGUAUCUCACCAGCCCGCUUUCACAGCAGUCACAAAUGCCCCCGAAAAGAGAUGAGGCAGCCCUGCAGGAGGAGGAAGAGCUGCAACUGGCCAUCGCCCUGUCUCAAAGUGAGGCAGAGGAGAAAGAGCGAAUGAGGCAGAAAAACUCGUACACCGUCUAUCCAAAGGCCGACCCCGUCCCAGUCACCUCCUCGGCACCUCCGGUCAGCACCCUCUACACGUCCCCUGUGAAUUCCUCUGCUCCGUCUGCUGAAGAAGUUGACCCUGAGCUGGCUCGUUACCUGAACAGAACGUACUGGGAGAAGAAGCAGGAAGAGGCCCGCAAGAGUCCCACCCCCUCGGCGCCGGCCCCCGUGCCAUUGGCCGAACCCCUGCCACCAAUCAGUCAGCCCGUGGAAGCUCACGUCCCCUUGCAGCCUGUCAACAUAGUGGAGCAGUACCAGAAUGGUGAGUCGGAGGAAAACCACGAGCAGUUCCUUAAGGCCCUCCAGAAUGCCGUCACCACUUUCUUGAACCGCAUGAAAAGCAACCACAUGCGAGGGCGCAGCAUCACCAACGACAGUGCCGUCCUGUCCCUCUUCCAGUCUAUCAAUAACAUGCACCCGCAGCUCCUGGACAUCCUCAAUCAGCUGGAUGAGAAGCGACUGUACUACGAGGGGCUCCAGGACAAGUUGGCUCAAGUGCGAGAUGCCCGCGCAGCACUCAACGCCCUUCGGGACGAACAUAGGGAGAAACUGCGCCGCGCUGCAGAAGAGGCUGAGAGGCAGAGGCAGAUCCAGCUAGCGCAGAAACUGGAGAUCAUGCGGCAAAAGAAGCAGGAAUACUUGGAGAUGCAACGGCAGCUGGCCAUCCAGCGCUUGCAAGAGCAAGAGAAGGAGCGGCAAAUGCGUCUGGAGCAGCAGAAGCACACUGUCCAGAUGAGAGCCCAGAUGCCCGCUUUCUCUCUGCCCUAUGCACAGAUGCAGUCGUUGCCCCCCAAUGUAGCCGGUGGGGUGGUGUACCAGCCUGGCGCACCCCCAAGCUAUCCUGGCACCUUUAGUCCGGCCAAUUCAGUGGAGGGUUCUCCUAUGCACAACAUCUACAUGAACCAGCCGGGCCAGGGUCCACCGCCUCAGUACCAGGCCAUGCCUGCUGCCGCCACAGAUCCCAAUAUGGUAAACACAUACAUGUAUCAACCUGCUGCCACCAAUGGACAAAAUGCUCCCCCUUCUGGUCAGGCCCCGCCCACAUCCAGUACUCCCUACUCCAACUACCAGCCCACACCCACGCAAGGCUAUCAGAACGCGGCAUCGCAGGCCCAGAGCCUACCCCCCAUGACCCAGGCUGCCCCAACCAACGGCAUGGGGUACAUGGGCUAUCCUGCCUACAGCAUGCAGAACAUGAUAUCAACUCUUCCGGGGCAGGACCCUAACAUGGCCGUCCAACAGCAAUACAUGCCCGGCCAGCAGCCCAUGUACCAACAGGUGGCGCCCCCUGGUGGUCCGCAGCAGCCGGCUCAGCCACCCCCGCAGCAGCCGCCACCGCAUCAGCAGCACCACCCCCCUGCCCAGGUGGUCCCGGGCAGUGCGGAGGCACAACUCAUCUCUUUCGACUGA